CUCGCAGAUAGAUCUAGCGUAAUAACACAUCAAACAGAAGGUUCCUGCCGUAUGGAUCAUAACUAUCGUAUAGCAUUGAACGAUGUUUUAUUCCAAAAGCUAGACAAGACUGUUCGGGUUUUUUCAGUCGAAGAAUUUCAAUGUAUAUUCAACCGCUAUCAAGAAUUAUGUACUAUGAAGCCGAACA